AUGAAACUGCGUCCAAUGAUUCUCACAUGACGUUAGAAAGCGUCUCUCUCAGUCUCCAGCAGACCCAACCGGUUUACGCAGCUGCCGAGCCAACGUUCAGCCAGGAUUUCCUGCCAAGGAAUUACUUCAAGCAGAGCGGCCCCAUGAAGGCUGGUUGCAACCAGACCCUACAAAAUGAAACGGCUGAAUCCAGGGUGGAGAGUGAGGAGGGACAGUUUCAUUCUCUGAUGCCAGAUGACACACAGUCCAUCCUCCAUGAGACUGAGCUGCACCAUAACUUUGCCUACAGCACACCAAUGCCAGGGAAUCAGAGUGCCUUGCAGAAGUUCGCCAACAUGAGUCAGUUACAAGAAAGAUGUAAGUUUUACAUUAACAUCAAAGAUGUUGUUUUGACGUUACACAAUCGGAUAGUUAUAAAGUGAGUUGAAUUUUAAACUAUUUUUGAAACUGCAUUGAUCAGAAAGUUUACAGAGGGCUACUCCAUAAAUAAUAAUAAAUGUAUUAAAAAAUAGUUAUAUUUAUAUUUUUUUUCGCCAACAUAGCCCCAGUGAGGGCUAUUAGUGUUAGCAGAAGUAUUUGCUGUGUCUCGUUUCAGGCUAAAAAUUCUAAAUAUUAAUGUAAGUGAUCACAAUGAUUUUUGGGUUCAAGAAAGUAUCCUGUGCACGUGAACACUAGUAAUCCAUAGUAUCUAUUUUAUUGUUUUCAGCUAUAUUACCGAUGGUUACUCCAAGUACUGUCAUCAACUUCCUGAAAGUACCAAACUCCUUGACCUUUCCUGAUGCUUGCUGUGUACCAUUAUCACAGCAGACGACCUUCCCGAUAGUCAAUCUCCUCAAUACCGGGG